GGGGCGGGGCGGAGCGGGCGGCGGGGGAGCGCCAGCCCGUGGCUCUGCGCGGCGGGGGGGGGCGGCGGGGCCGCCGGCUGCGGGCGGUGGCGGCGGCGGCGGCUGAAGGGCAGCGGCGGCGAUGGGCGCCGCGGGCUGAUUGGUAAAGAUGGAAAGAGGGAGAGGAGGAGGAGGAGGAAGGAACCUGGGAGGCUCUGGCCUGCAGAGGAACAUUUAUUCCCAGUCCCAGCAGCAGUACCACUACCCGGCCUCCUCCCAGGGGAGCUGCAUGGAGAUCCAGGAGCUGGCCUCCAAGAGGGUGGACAUCCAGAAGAAGCGCUUUUAUCUGGAUGUGAAACAGAGCUCCCGCGGCCGCUUCCUGAAGAUCGCCGAGGUCUGGAUAGGAAGGGGCAGGCAGGACAACAUCAGGAAGAGCAAGCUGACCCUCUCCUUGUCCGUGGCCGCCGAGCUGAAGGACUGCCUGGGGGACUUCAUCGAGCACUACGCCCACCUGGGCCUGAAGGGCGGCCAUGGGCACCGGCACGAGCACAGCAACGACAAGGAGCAGCAUCCCCGGCGGCGGCCGCAGCACCCGCCGCCCUCGCCCCCGGCGUCCGUGGGCUCCGAAGAGCCCCCUCACAGCGUCCUCAAGACGGAGUACAUCGAGAGGGACAACAGGAAGUACUACUUGGACCUGAAGGAGAACCAGCGCGGGCGCUUCCUGCGGAUUCGGCAGACCAUGAGCAGGGGACCUGGCAUGAUGGGCUACUUCGGGCACAGCCUGGGACAGGAGCAGACGAUCGUCCUGCCGGCGCAAGGGAUGAUCGAGUUCAGGGAUGCUUUGGUGCAGCUGAUCGAAGAGUACGGCGAGGGGGACGUAGAGGAUCGCCGGGGGGCAGGUGAGGAGCCUCCGGAGCUCCCCGAGGGCACCUCCUUCCGAGUGGACAACAAGCGCUUCUACUUCGACGUGGGAUCCAACAGGUACGGCAUCUUCCUGAAGGUAAGUGAGGUGAGGCCGCCCUACCGUAACACCAUCACAGUUCCCUACAAAGCGUGGACACGGUUCGGGGAAAAUUUUAUCAAGUACGAAGAAGAGAUGAGGAGGAUUUACAACAGCCAUAAAGAGAAAAGAAUGGAUGCCAGAGGGGACAGUGGUGAAGAGCAAGAGGGUCUGGAAUAGAGUGCAUUGGACGAUUAACCAAACAAAGCAAGCAGAAAUUGGUGAGAGGGACUGACCUAUAGUAAUUCCAAGUUGCCCCAGUUUUUUGUAAAGUCCUUUUCUGGUAGUUCUUGCUAACUCCGGUACAUAAUGUUAUAGGAGUCUGGUUAUCACGUUAAACUAUGCCCAAAACAUCUCCGUGUGUCUUAGGAAAGGACCAACCUCCCGAGUCCGUAUGAGUCAGCUGCUUCGAGUGUUGGAGACUGUGGAAGUACGAGUAUCAGCACAAACAAAAUCCGGCACCCUGACCUUUAAAUAGUCUAGAAAAGGCUUGUGUUGCACUUAAGCAGGAUACAAAAGUACCCCCGCCCUGAACCUUACCAUGAAAUGUAUCAGUUUCUGCUUAUCCCCAGCUUUUCAGGACUGGCUUCUGCCCGUGCCCGGCCCAAAGGCCGAGCAGCGUUGCUGUAGAGCAUUUAUGGCAAAAAUCAGCUCCGCGUGAAUCUCUGGUCUGUGUGUGAGGAGGGAGAGAGGUUUGAAAGUUGGCAUCUCCUGGUUAUUGAGUUGCAAACGAUAGUCUGUUCAUGGGUAAAGUCUCGAUAACCCGCCAGACCUCAGUCACGUGCCGGUGAAGGGCGGAAGAUCCCUCGUUCAUUCCCUAGUUUUGUGCUGACCAGAUCACCUGAGUGUCCCAGGACAGCGGGGUGCUCAGCCUUCUGAAUUAAUGGCAGUGAAUGACAACCCACUCCUCAUCUCCGUGUUCUGCCCAUUAGAGGCUGGUGAUCUUUUUUUUUUUUGGUUUUUAAUGCAUUUUGUCCAAAAUUUCAGAAGGUAUUUUUGUAUUAGGCGUUCCAGCAGGCGGCUGUGGAGCGGGUGUUGGGAGGUGGAAGGAAUGCCGUGACCGAGGCUCCGGGCUCCUCUCCCAGAGGAACGCGGUUCCGGAUGUUACCUGUGCGAGGAAAGCGUCGGGGUGUUUUCCUCCUCCUGCCGUGGGGAGGGCCUUUGGGGUGUUGGGUGCGCCACUGGAUUCGUGUAGAAAGGCAUCUCUGUCACGCUCGCCCGUGGCGCGUUUCGGGAGCUGUGGUGGAUGCCCCUGUGGGUUUUCUGUUGUGCUGAUUGUGGGCGGCGUUGGGGAGACAACAUCCGUGCCCUGCCAUCGUCCCCUUCCCCCCCAGCUCGGAGCUGGAGCCGUCCUGGAGCGGCUCCAGUCCCCCCUGCCCCAAGGUUUCAGUCCCAUCCUGGAGUCUUUGUGAUGCAAAUUUUAAAUCUCGUGAUAUUAACUCUCUGCCUGGAGGGAGAAUGUAUGCAAUUACCUGGUUGGGAGGUUGGUGAAAAAUUCUGUGUUUCUUAAAAUGUGAAUAUUUAUAGCAUAAGGGGCUUGUCCAGCCUUUGGGCGACCAGCUCCUUCCCCCUGAAGCAGCGGGAGUUCGAUUGAGCUCCAGGUACUUCUGGUAGCACGUUGCUCACCUUUAAGAUUGUUUUAAGCAGGCAUUACCAUGUCUGAAGAGAUAUUUGUAAUCACUCAAAUUGUUUCAUUACACAGUGGCCUAGUGUGCAUGUGGACCAGCUAUUUUUCCCUACAACCAUGACCUGUUUUAUUUUUUAACCUUUUGAGAAACAUCUUUAUCUCCAACCAGACUGUUCACCACUCUGAGUCUGGAGCCACCUGCACACUGCAUGGCCACGCUCAAUCUGAAUGCUGUUGCCUGUUAAUGUCAUAAUGAGAAAGGUUGGGGAGACAGGGUUGGGAACCAAGAGGAUAAUCCGGAUUUUAGUUUGAGUACUAAAACUAGUCAAUCUGUUUUAACUUAAAAAAAAAAAAGGAAAAAAAAAAAGAAAAAAAAAUAACAGCUUGCACCAAAGUCACCAAAGAACCUUUAGGAAAAUGUUACAGUUGUGACAAGAAGUAAGAAAGUUAAUUUCACUGUUUUAGGUGAUUCCCCCUUUAAACCACAUAUAGCAGUUACAGCAACCAAGCCUUUGGCUUAGUGUCAAAAACUCCCAUCCCUUUCUCCAUAGGCUGCUCUUUCAGGUCCCUUUUCAAACCUGGAAGAGAUGUUCUCGCUCCAUCACUCGAACAGCCAGUGGACCGUGAUGAACCAGCGGGCAUUGGGCGGGGUCCUGGUUCAUCUUCGCUCUCACGGCUUUCGUCCUAAUGGUUUUAACAGGUCAAUUAAAAAAAAAACAAACAAACCACAAAACCCCACUUAAAAGAACUCUACAUCCUGUUACAGUGUGAAACCAGAAUUUAGUGAAUGAGUCCUUGUUGCGUACGUUAGCGUAUCGCUGACUGCUGCUGCCCGUCACAGUGCCUGAGGUAAAAAAUUCACUUCUAGUCCAACAAACCGGAGCUAUGAAUGUACGAACUUUUUACGCUCUCCUUCCCGUUUCUGUGUGUGCUCGGCAUCUCCCAUCCCUGCCCGCCUUUGCCUCAAGGGAUCGUAAAAGCUCCUCGGAGUUGGAAUUAGCCUGAGUGGCCGCGUGUGUUUUAAGUGCUCAUGCCUUCCCUGUGUUCCUGUAGUCUUGGUGAGGAAAUUACUCGUGAUUGGAAAGGGAUGUUUUCUUCACCGUUUUAAAAGAUGCAAAAAAGGAUGCAAAAUUGCUUUCCUUAUUACUACCCGUUUUUAAAAAACCCUUUAUCUUUUGUUAAUGAAUUGGCCUUCCAAUGCCGUUAGUUUGUCGUAAAUGCCACCCAGGAAUCCAGCGAUGGCUGGCUACCAGGCCAGCUUGGGUUCCGGCACGCAGGUAUCCCAUAGGACCUGCUAAUGCAUUUAUUCCCCUGGCACGGGAUGCACCUUAGUAUCCAAACCUGGAUCAGGAUCUUCACGUUCAUUGCCGAUCACUCGUGGCUAGACCAGCUAUGGGUUUCCAUCUCGACGGAAAGCACCGGUGCUGGGCUGGAGGAGGACGGCUUUCCACGCGAUGGGAAGCGGAUGUUGGGCUGGAGGGUAGUAGGGAUGCACUCGGAGUGUAGCAAUGCAAGACUUGAACGGUGAGAUUCGGAAACGGGUUCCUUUGUAUUUUUGGCAGCGCGUCUUCAGCUUCCCAGAGCAGCGACCACGCGGGCUGCUGGUGCCCGGGAGGGCCCAGCGAGAUGCUCGGGAAUGCUGAAUCCCUGAUGUGUUUUAAAUGUUUGUUCCUGACGCCCUGAAACUGCCAUGUCCCUUAAACUUGAGAAAACACAAGCUUAUUUGCACUAGAAAGAACGGCCAAAAACAAUCCUUAGGAGGACAGGGUGAAGAGCACCGGUCUGAACCUCUUUUUCUCAUGAGAGAAUUUCCUAUUCAAGCCCUCACCUCUGUUUCGAAAUUGUAUGGUCCCGGCAGAAAGUCUGUCAGUUGAAUUAUUAAAUCCUAAUGCACUUUAUAUUGUGUAAAUAAUGCUAGGAGCACAUUUCUGCUCCCGCUCCGGUAAGGGGAUGCUUUGGUAACGCAGUCUAAUGCCGAGAGAAGCCGUCUCCUGCAUGCACGUGUCUGUUAGAGACCUGUUGAUCCUGCUUGGUCCAGCUCCGCUCGUAUGUUAGAGGAGGACGGGCGCUGUAUUGAGGAUCCUCUCAAACCACCAAGAGUGGGAUGAUGAUUUGGUUUUUACUAUUGCAAUGUGCAGAGCUGCUGAGCGUCCUCAGCUCCGCCUUCGCAGCGGCUCCUCGCCCCUGCUGCAAACCGGGCCCCCCCUGUUGCUGUCGAGGCUUAAAGCCGAGCUUUGUGCUGGUAGCCUUGACAAAGCCAGGUCCAGCAGCUGCCUCGAACCCGGCUUUCCCCACUGCUGGCGCAAAAGGCGGGGUGGUGCCUGAAAAGCUUGUCCCAGAUGGAAGGGGCUGGGGGGCUUGAUGUUGUGUUGGGUCCGGCCCAUGGAGCCGGCUUUCCUGGUAAAGUACAGAGCUGUGGAAGGGUUGGGAAACGUUUUGCACUGGUGUGGAGAGGGCGCUGCAGGGGGACGGCGAAAGCCCUGGCGGGCUCCCUGCAUGCAGCCUGGGUGGACGGUGACUUUACCCAGCGAGAAGCUGCAGCGGUUAUUGGUAUCUACUCGUCGUCGUAAGUGUUUCUUAUCUGUAUCCGAUAUAUACCAAUUCAUAUCCACGUAUAGGCAUUACUAUAUUUAUGUGAGUAUAUUGUAGCCUGUUGUAGCUCGUAGCGAAAUAACCUUAUUUAUCUGAAGUGCAGUCUGAGGAGGGGACGUCUGCUCCCGCCACCGGUCUGGAUAAACGUGUUAUUCCACCCAGGGCUGGGUGUGAGCUCCUGCCCGCAGCCCUCGUAGGAAUCCCACAGGUUUUCAGCAAGGCUGUGAGGGCAAGCGUAGCUAAAAGGAGGCAAAGCUCUUCCUUGGAGGCGUCGUUGAGGCGAGGUGAGGGCUGUAAAGAGGCAGCUGCCGGCCACGUCAUGUCUCCGUGCCAUUUUACAACCCCUGGCUCUGCAAAUCUGUACUGCCAUGUUCAUAAAAUCCCAAGCAGAAGUAUUAUAAUCACGUCCUUUAUACAAAAAAGAACCCCCGAGCAAUUACCAAAAUCAAUGUCAGCACUUUUUUUUUCAGCUACAGAUGUCCUAGUCUGAUAAUUGCAUCAUUUUUUUCCCCUAUGGCCUAUUGAAGUGACCUAAACUCCCAGGGAAGGGAGCUGGUAGUGGUUAGGAAGCCUUCUGCUUGCGUGACUUGCAGUCCUGUUUUCCAAUUCUAGUAAUUUUUAUAGUAGAAAGGAGUUUAUUAUUGUGUAUUUUUACUGGGCAGAUUUUGCACCGGGUCAAAAUAAUGUAAUAAGCCUUUUCAGUUUCAUGGCAUUCCCACUUUUGCUGUACAUACACUAGAUAUAUGCGAUCUAUGAAAGAAUUCCUGAAGAAAAUUAGACCUUCUGUUUAAUUUUCUAUGCUGCUUACUCCAAAAUUAAGUUGCCCUUUAUUUUUAAUGACUUAACAUGUUGUGAUGUCUAAAAUUCACCUUUCCCCUCCUGCCCCUCCAUUCCUUUCAAGUAAAGGUUGUGUUUGAAAUUAAGAGUUUAUUCAAGAAGGAGUGAAAUUAAAGGCUACACCGUAAGCUACACCCAAGUGAGGCCUUUGCCAAAAUGUAUUGUUUUGGGGUGAUCUGGUCUUGCCUGAAAAUGGCCAAAUGCUGUCAUGGUCACAGGAAAAGAGCCCCGGCUAGGGGACAAGGUGCUUCUGGAUUUGGGGGAUUUGGAAAAAGCUAAAGUCAGAUCUUUUGCUGUUCUGUUCCUCCAAAACCUGCGGAAGCCUUCAUGGGCUGACAUCAAUUUUUCUUCCUAAUAUUUUGUCAGCCUGUGUUCAGUUCCCCACCUGCACCUCAAUAAAGGCAACAGUAUAUAUAAAGCAUUGAGGUGAAGUAAAAUAUCAAGAACUCCUGAUAGAUGACAUGGAUUAAAAAUUGGUUUUCCAGAAAUGUCAGAGCGUAAAUUGAGGUUUUAUAAGCCGGAUGUCGUUUUGGCAUUUCUGUGAUGGAUGUAAUUAGAUCGCUCCUUCCCCGUGCGGAGGGAGGCGUCACAUGGAGCCCAAACCCGCAGCCUCGGGGCUCUCUGGUGUGCACCAACUUCUGGAGAGGUGCACAGAAGCCUGCUGGCUUCUCAUGUGUGGUGGAUGUGGUUGUGUUCCUACCGGCCUAGCCUCCAGGGGCCUGGCUGCUCCCCCCCCCAGUAAAACCGUCAUUAACGGCUUGCUAAUUCAUCUUCUUAAUUGCCAGGCUGCACAGAAAUGCUUGGAGUGGCACAUGGAAAUUGCUAGCUCUGCACAGAGCCAAAACUUAAAAAGGCAUAGUCCAUCUUUUGGGGGUUUUAGACCCAUCCAGCACAGCAGUGUUGGACUGGGAGGGGUAACAGCUCCUGCCCCAGAGGUGUUGGUUGGACACGCACACAACCGGAUGGAUUUCUUGACCGCAGUGGGGGAAAUCCAUCCGGCAGGCGCGAGUUUGCAUCUGCUCUUGGUCCUGAUCAUUUGCCACGCAGAGAUUAAUUGGAGGCAAAGAUGGCCCUCGGUGGCGGCUGCUGGCAGCCGGAGAAAGCCGAGGCUUCGUGCCCAGCCCCACUGGCACAACAUCUGUGGAUUCAUGUGUGGGCACAAAUGAACGCAGAGGCGAGGGAGAGAGGAAUAUUAGAGAUAGAUAUGCACGGGCAUAUUACAAACACUCAUUUCCCCUCUGUUUCCAAUAGGUCAUUCCCUUGGAGACAUUAGCACACUGUCUGUCUGUUCUGUUUCCCGUAUUGGAGAUGAGCAGCGUGCAACAGGAGCGAGAUGGGUUUCACAAGCAAUAUCAACAUACUCUACUACUAACCUUAAAUCUUUACACUGCAAAGCGCGUGCAAUAGAAUCUGCAUUUCAAAACAGCAGAGAGUAUGUGGGAUAAAAGACACGGGUUAACCCCAGGCUCUUACACGUAUUCCCAUCUGGUCCUUGUUGGGAGCACAUGUUGUUGGCACAAUGCACAGGGAGAGGGGGAGUAAGAGCAGAGAUAAGCGCUUCCCACCGAGGCAGAGGAACGAAAAGGCAGGAGGGGGCGGAGGGAAGCGAGGACAAGAUGCGUGCUCCAGGGAAUCAUAGAGCAUGGUGAUGGUUGUAUCCGUAGUAGGAGGAACAGGCAGCACCUUCAGCACUGGAGUCCCACAGAGCCGGGGAAGGAGACACAGAGCCUGGAUCCCUGCUCGGGGAGCAGGGUGGUUCUCUUGGGCUGGUUCUCCUUCCUCUUUGGGAUCAGUAACGUGCUCUGCAAGUGCCUGACAUUGCCAACAAGCCCACCGGGGCCAAGCGUGUCCGAUGGGUGGAGUUACUGCUUUUACUGCUCGCUCUUGGGGGCUCCUGUGGCUGGGCUCUUGCUGAGCUGGGAGGCUUGCCCGGGAGUACAGGCAGAAGCUCAGAGGAGAACUCAGAUGUUGGUGGCCUGUAAGGUUUGCUGUGCCAUCCCAGCUUAUCCCGGUGGAUGCUUGUGUGUGCUUUCCACCGGAGCCUUGCUCCACACGCUACAUCAGCUGCCUUCCGCUCCAGGAACGAGCGAUGGGACUGUUGUGUGCAUUGAUGGGGCAGCUGCUCUUUUCCUUUGCAAAGGAAAGGGGUUGGUGAAGGCUGGACGGGAUCAGAGGGGAAAGAAAGUGGCUUUCAAGAAGCCAUCUCACGCCUGCCUUUGCAGAGGGGUUUGUGUGGUUUCUAACAAGACUCUGCAGAUGAUCACCACUUGUACCGCCUUUGCUUUCCUGGGCCUGCCACUCUGAGGGCUGAGGUGCAGCAGGGGUCGGUGUCAACAGCUGUUGAAAGCUGUGCUUUGAAGCAGUGAAGUGCUGGAGUAAUUGCCUGGACUCUGGGAAAGCUGUCAGUGUGUGGAGCUGGGCCUCCAGAUAAUGGAGAUGGGAUCACUUUGGCUUUAUUCCUGCCUGUGCCUGUGUUCUCCACCACGAAAAGGGGUGGAUGACACCUCCCUACCUCAAAGGAGUGCAAGAGUUCUUGUGAUGAUCUGAUGCUGAUCGAUUCUGAUGGUGUCCAAAAGUGAGACAGGGAGAAAUUUGGGGUGAAGUGUAGUGUCUGGAAGGUUUGGAACCUACCUGACUCUAAACUUGAAUUUGCAGGUGCAAGGGUGCCUCUAAUGGUGCGUUUCAGGGCCAGGUACAGAGCAAAAAGCAUCCAUAUUUUUCCCAAGUUGAACAAUGUGGAAAAAAUCUGUUCUUUCAAAUCUCCCAUGCUGGAUAUUCCCAGCUUCCUUCCCUAAGCUAUUUCACCCUACUUCCUCUCAGAUACUUUUCCUGCUGUCCAGUCCUUGUGUCCCUUGCUUCCAUCUAAUUCCAUUGCUUUUUGCCUUACAGGCCAUGCUCUCCAGAGGAGUUAUAAAAACAGUUUGGUUUCUUCCCUGCUGCAGCUCUUGCACGUAAUUAAAGGCUGUUGUCAGGUCUCUUCUGCAUCCUUUCCAAAGGAAAUACAGAACCUUCCACCAAGGGUAAUUUUUAGCCCUGAUCAUGUUCUUGUUGCUUUCUGAUGAGUCUGUUCAAACACAAAUGUAGGGAAAGCACAAUAAGUGACAAUAUAAGCUCCCUGUGCCAGCAUGUUUGGAAAUACAGGUUUUCCCUUAUGUUCCUAAAUUUCCCAGGAUUGUGUGUGAAGAGUCACGGAAAUACUGGCAUGAACUUUCCCACAGUAACAUUUUCAGCGCGAGGAGAUCUGAGAGUUCUGUGUAUGUCCAAGGAGAGAGAAGCUCCUGCUGUCCCACAGCGUCACUGCUGCACAUGAAUAUAUGAUGUAUAUUCAUCCCAGCAGCUUCCAGAAGGCCACAUGUGUCAGGCAGCUAUUUCUUCCCUCCUCUUCCUAGGGAGAAGGCUGGGUGUGCCAAUGCAGGCCUGGUAUUUUGAACAUGAAUCAAUUAUCCCUGCUGCUCCAUGUCCAAGGGGGAUCUGGAGCACGGCGUGUUUGCAGCACGAGAGCAAACCUCAGGGCUCACAGGGAGCAGGGUUUGGCAUCGCUCCCAACACUUCCCUUGGCAACUGGUGCUGAGCAGGAGCUGCUUUGUCUCUGGAAGUUCCCCCUGGACCCGUGGCUGUUUUGCAGAUUGUCAUUUUUGCUUUGGGCACGGAGGAGGUUGCUGUGCUGCUGCCUGGUUGGGAAGUACCUGAUGGAAAAAGAGAGUCUCUCCCCAGAAAGCUGGCAGGGGAAUCUUAAGGCCACAGACCUUAGGCUCGGGGAGAGAGGUGAUGGAACAGUGCUCUGGACUAAAUGCAGCUCGGUGUGCAGUCAACAGGCAGAUGUGUUUUCUGUUUGGGUUGUCUUCACCACAGCUCCUUGUUCUUUCCUCCUAGAUGUUAGAACACUCCUGAGAUUUCUAUAGGGCUGCCUAGAAUAGGAAUCUGUCAGGGAACUGAGCUGCCUCCAAGGACAGUUUCUGUCCUGAGACUCCAAUAAACAUGGCAAAGUGUUUGAGAAGUGGAGCAUUGUUCUGGUGGCACUUUGAAAAGAGUUUUUCUCGGGUAGAUGUCACAGCAGGAGUGAGCAGAGGCUACUGACAGCCAAGAACACAGGGCAAGGGUUUGAUCUAGUUCUUGGCAGUAGCAUUUAUCCUAGAUUCAACAACUCAAUUUAUGUGCACAUUCCUGUACAGUAAAUCACAAAGUUUUUAAUUUAAGCAUUUUUAAUAAUCUCCCCCAUCCUGGUAAAAUUAGGGAAAAAGUUUUUUGGCUGAAAUGUUUACCUGUAAGCUGAGAAUAGGCACUGUGUUUCACAAGGUGAACCAAACUUCCAUGCCUCUUACCUCCGAGCAUAUCCUUUAAGCUGACAUUAUAUUUCUUGCUCCAUCUGGCUGCAAAACAUCAAGGUCACCAAAGCAGCACAGGCAGAAACCCCUGUAGGUGUUUAUAUGGCUGAGUGCAUAGGGACAUUCUCCUCUCACUUUGCUGGCAGGGCCUGAUCCUGCUUGUGUUGUUCCUUCUCCCCAUUGGAUCACCAAGUUCAUGUCUUGUGCAUGACCUGGCUUGAGGGCCCUAAAUCUCUUUUUUUUUUUUUUCUUACAAGUUCAGCAUCUUUUUCUUAAGCUUUCGUUGUGAAUCCCUCUGGAAAUGUUGUGCAAAGCCCGAAUGUGCCUUGGUUCCCUCCCUCACUGCGCAUUUGCUAACUGCUGCAGCCAAUGUAGGACAAAAAGGUGUGGAGCUGGUUAUAUUUUCCCCAGACAGUCGUUUUGCUCCCUGUCUGUUUUGGUGUGUUUUGGCCCCAGCCAUUCCAGGGAUCCUGCCCGCAGCUCUGACGUGCUUCUGCAGCUGUUGCGUGGGUGAUGGGGCUCUGGCAGACGUGUCCUCUCGGCUGGGGCAGAUUCUUGGGGUGAGGCUGCAGCAAAGCAGGAGUUAUUUAACCCUGCAGUCGGCCAUCCCUCAGGGAUGGCUGCCCUGUGGAGUGGGCUGCACGAAGCAGUUCCCUGGGGCAGAUCUGGUGCUGUGCUGGUGGCGGGCUCGCUGCUGCCUCCGAGCAGCCAGCGCACACUAUCUCGCUUGUAGGCACUGUCUGACAGCUUCCCCAGGGAUGAGCUUUGCUGCAUCUGCUGCAAGUGCUGCUCUGAGCACAGCCUCUUCCUUCCCACCACAGCUCAGUGGCAUGCCUGGAUCCUUUGUUAUGUGUAACCUCAAUUUGGUUUCUUUGAGCAGUGCCAGGAUUUCAUUCUCCCCGGGACAUUUAAAUGGGGUGCAGAGUAAUUAGAGUCGCUUUUCUCUGCAUGUGUAAUAGCAAAUGCUUCCAAAUCAGUUUGGGAAUCGACCCAGGGGUUUGAUGUGGGUUUGUAAAUUCAGGCACGUGGGAGGAGCGUGCCCACAGCAAAGCAUGAAGAUGUGGAGAUAAGAGCUGUGCCUCUGCCAAGCUCCUGUCUACUCUCUUACAGUCCUGACUCCGGUUGCUGCAGUGGGAGCCACCAGGACCAGGGACCACCAGAGCCUGCCCAUGGGAGCUGGGUCAAAGUGGCAGCAGACACCUGAGCUAGGCAAGGGAUCGCCACCCACAGGUAUUGUGUAUCCCGUUACAGCUCAGAGGGAAGGUGUCAACAGCUUUAUCCCGUGUACCACAGGAGCCCAACUCUUCCUUCCUUCCUUUUCUGCCUCUGGGACUUUUACCUCUUGCCUGGCACAUCCGCUCUGGAGAGCCUGGAGGCAUGUCUGUCCUGGGAUCAGCGUGUGCCAGCAUGCAGUGUGCACGUAAUCCUGCUGCAUCCCGGCCCCCUCUCCAUAGCAGCACUUACUGCUGAUGUCAGCACAGUCAUCCCUCAGCGCUGCCAGGGGUAACCCUUUGAGCUAACCACUGAUAAGUUCCUUCUAGCUGUCUUAUUUUAAAAAAAAAAAAAAAAAGAGGAGGGAGGUGCUGUAGUCGCCUGAUGAACAUUUUCAUGGAUGCUGCCAGCUUUUUACUGUGGGUUACCUUGGUGAAGGCAUAUUACAGAGACUUUUCUUUUAAAGAGAGCUUAAAACUGUCUGCUUGGCAGUGUGUGUUUUAUGCUGAUAUAUGUGAAACCCCAAGAAAAUCCCCAAUCCAGAGCAGGAGGCAGAGGUGGUGCCCACUUAACUCCUGCCUGCAGCAUCAAGCUGCAGUUUAACCUGUUGCUUUUCACACCUCUUUCCGGCUCUUAGGAGACACCUUCUAAAGCUGGGAUAACCUCCCUAGACCUCUUUCCUCAGGAUCUUCACAGAGGGAAGUUCACCCUCCUCCUCCUCUUCCUCCCCUCUGCAGCCCUCAAGCUGUUGCAAUAGCCCUUGAGGUGCUCUCUCUCUCUCCUUGUUCAAAACCUGGCCUCUUCCUCCCAGCGAGACUGAAGAUGCUGUGCAAAACAAGCAAGAGGGCACAAUAUGGGGAUUUUUCACUUGCCUCAGCCUAAAAACCAGCCUCCUCCAGGCUCUCAGUCUUCCAAGAGCUUCCCACCUUUCUAGCCAAGCGUUUUGUUUGCUAGAAGAAAAAUUGGUAGCUUUGUGCUAGCAAUAACCGGAGUCCUCUUUCACUAGAGCAGGCAUUUUCUCCUUUGAAUUCUGUCUGAAUGCAGAAACUAUUGUGAAAUGAGAGCGGUAAUAUCGGGAAAGGGGAAAGCAGAGUGCUCCUCUGGAUAGGGUUUGAUACAAUUUGAAGCUGCUUGUGGAAGAUUGGCUGGAAGGUAAACUGAUUUGGGCUUAAAAAAGAUGGUGCUGGUAAAGUGUGUUAGUGACUCUUCAGCAGAUGGUCCAAAAUAGCUUUUUUUAUGGUCUCUGACCUCUAGGAAAGAUAACUGGAUUUUUGAUCUUAGAUUGAAGGGACAAUUUCUGCUGGAAGAAACUUGUGUUCUUCAGAAACCAUCCCAGGCUGGCAUUUACUGUCAAAAGCAUUUCAAGGGAGUGGACAGAAAACAAGUGAGAAAUCACACAUCCGAGGCAACCCCGGGUGAGCUGUGGCUGAGCCAGCCAACCAUCCAGAAUUCAGGAUAGAUCCCCGUUGUCAUCCGUCUCCUGGUGGCCCAUGACCACCAGAAUUUCCCACGGACGCCUGGGGGGUGUGAUUAGUCAGGAGCUCCUGGUUUUGCAGCAUGCUGGACUCUAGAGGUGUCGUGGCCCCCAGGAGGAGCAUUCCUCUCCAACAUUCCUGCGCCCGUACCAGGCAGUGGUUGCUGAGGUGGGUAUGACUUACAGGGGGGCCUUUCCAGAGCAGUGCUUGGUCACCAGCUGUUGUCCAGGACGCCGUGCCUUUUGGUACAGCAGUAAGAAAAUAAACCUUUCUCUUUGAAUUUCAAGUCAGGGGCCUGUUUUCUGCCAAGCUACCCCCCACCGUUUCAAAUGUAUUUUAUUCUCCUCUUCUUUGCGCUGGUCCCGUUCCGCUCCGCUCAGCAGCUGCUGCGUUUAAUCCCAGAAGCUGCAGUUGGUAGGGAGCAAAGUGAUCUCCAUAUAACCUCUCUCUUACUCAUAAGCGUGCAUUAUGAAGCUUAACUGAUGGUAAUAAAAUGUUUUGCUUUCAACAUGCUGUCCCUGCGGUCCAAUGUUCCCGUCUUCAGGCUCCAUCACUGCGGCGGGGCGACGUAUCGGAGCUGUUCUGCUGCUCCCUGGGAACGUGCCUGGGAAUACUGGCCGUAGGCCUCGUGGAUACCCAGCCAGGAGAAGGUGGAGCAGAGCCCUUGGCACGGGUGGUGGCACGCCCGGGUGCAAGCAGCUCUUGGAGGAGGAUUGUCUGGCACUGCAAUCUGGUGCGAGAGCCUCUUCAGGGACCGCGGCGCCGCGCGGGGGGAGCGGGAACAGAUUGCAGUCCUGCUGCUUGGAUGGGUUUUCUUCAUCCCUUUCACAACCACUCUGCAGGUUCAUGGCUUUAUUUGGCUUCUUGUGUUCCCUGCAUACUAAAAAAGGGCAUUUUCAUGCCAUCCUGCACGAUGGAUGUUUUUGUCCAGGGGGAAAGAGGAUGUUUCUCAUCCACAUCUAAGUAACCGUGCAAAAUGUGGAAAGUCUGCUUUAGGAAUUUCGGUUUUGUUUACACACCAUUGAUGCUUUUAUUAAAAGCAUCUUUUCACAUAUAAAUAAUUUAGAGGUCAUAUGAUUUUCCUGCUCUAAACCGAAAGCAGGGAUUUCAAAGCAGGGAUCUCCAAGCAUCAUUUCUGUGUCACGGUGGGUUGCAUUAGCCCUACAGCUGCCUUUUGUUGAACAGGAUGGGGUUUUUCCAUAUUUGAGGUUUAUAGUGUUGGGUUUCAAAGAGGAAUUUCCCAGACAGAGCCCCCCAGAAGGUAUCAGAAUAUACAUGGCUUUGUCAGGCAACGGUAACAGCUUUUUUUCCGGAGAUUGCCAUUUUGUAAAUAAGCUUCUUCUGCAGCAGCACGGCUACAGCUACGAAAGAUGGAUGAUUAUUUCUUCCCAGAAUGGGUCUUCCGCUGCAGGAUCUGGUUUUUAUUGCGAUAAUUAGCAUAGAAUUAAAAAUGGCCCCGCAUCUUCAGUUUGCACUGUAGUGUCUCUGGUACCCAGCAGCCUGGGCUGGUGUUUUCCUUGGAAAUAGGCUGUGUCUGGGAAUCACUCGAUCCACGCUGAAAACCAGUGCACGGGUAUCUACAGGCCUCAAUGCAACAAAAGCCUCCGCCUCCAAAAAUAAAUUAUUGCUCCUAAUAAACUUUCAAAUCACUUGUUUUUUGGAGACUGGGAAAGUUGCUGGGGAUGUUUAGGUGAGAAUCUAGCGCAGCGGCCGGAACAGGAUUUUAUAAAUGCCUUUAAAUUCCAGAGCUCGGGUUAAAGGUGAGGUCACGGGCAAGCAGACAGCUUUUUCUCCUAAAAAACCUGUUAUAGCUUUUCUUUUUAAAAAUUUAACAGGGUUGCCACUCCAGGUGGAGGCAGAGUUAUAAGGAGUGUCACACACAAUGACAAUGUAUCACAGGAGAAACUAAAGCGGCAGAAAUGCAGCACCACGCGUAAACUUCCUGGUGAGAGCCGUGCAGGAAAUUACUGAGCAAUUGGACGCAGUGUCCUAGCAUUAGAUUUAUUAUCCACUUCCAAAUCAUCUGCCAAAAAUCCUUUCCAUCGGAAGACAGGAAAGAACAUGUUAUAAAAAGACCUGGAAAAGGAGUCCUUUUGGCACGGGAGUUUUCAGGCUGGUAAUUGUCCAUGCCUCCAGUGUUUGGGUUUGGGCUCAACAUUGAGGUCAGAUGUGAUCCCAGUGCCUACAUGUGGCACAUAGUGAGAUGUGCCAGUCUUGCGGGCUCAGUCCUGGAAUGCAGUCCUGGAAGAUGCUUCUUUGCCCAGUCUGUUGCUCAAUGGAUGCUUUUAAUUCCCCCAUCACUGAGGGAAGGCCAUGGUGUGCAGGCUGGCAUGCUUUUCCCCCAUGAUGGGCUUCUUCCUUGCUGGGUGGCAGGGUCGUGGCCACAUCCACGUGCUUGUGUACAUUCCCCUGGCUAUAUAAUUCCUUGUCUGGACGGUGGACUGAGAUAGUGGUGUUUCCCCACCUUGCACCUUGCUGCCCUCCUCACUGCAGGACGCUGUCCAUAUCACACUGCACUUCUCCAGCUCCCACAUCUUUUCCUUUCUUUCCAGUUGUGUGCCUACAUCCAUACCCCCUGUAUGCAUGACCUUGUUCUUUGUAUGUUAAAUCCAGCUCUUUCUGGCAGUAAUGGAAAUAAGUGACGUGAGUUUGUAGCUCUGUUUUUACUCCUGGGACAUUAGUGUUCCCUGCUGCUGAGGGAAAACCAUCUCCCUAGUGCUUGAUCUCUGAUGAGAAACAUGUCUGCAACUUUACCUACAGCAUCCCCACAUAUCCUGCCAGCUCCAGCAGCUCAGUACUUUUGACUUAAAAAGAGCUUUCUCCAUAGAAAAGAUCCACGCCCACCUUGGACACACCAGAUGUUGCACAGCCAGAUGUUGCCUUGUACAACACUUGGGAGAGUUGGUGGCAAUGCAUGCAGGGCCCGGGGAGCCACUUUGCUGUCCCAUGACCAUUUUUUUGGGGUGCUUGCUGAAACCCAGUGAGAACUGAAGGUUCUGCUUUGUGUAAAGAUCAGGCUGGGUGAUGGGGCAGUUGGUGGGAAGCGUGUGUUUACCAAGAGAAAAGGGUGUGCCUAUCAUCUGUUGGGAUGAAUGCUCCUUUCCCAGCCCCUUCCCAGGAGCGUGCUGAUCCAAAGUCCUUCUCUGGAGCUUUGUUCUUCAUGAAAAUGAAGCCGGGCCAUGAGUCCCAUCAGUGUUUACCAGACCGCCUUCGUCGUCUCGUCCUUGCGUUCGUUGUCCUUUGGCAGGUAGGGUGGUUAAGAGAAACAAGCCAGCUUAAUUGCAUGGUCAGAAAGCUGCGAUGAACGAAGCAGACCACAAGUAAAUAGGUAAAUAGGCUAAGCUGUAAGAUAGCGUGUAAGAGGAGGCAGUCUGCCUCUGCAAAGUGCAUGAUAAGCAUCGGCCAAGCUUGUUGCAGACACUGGGCAAGGCUGCUUUCGCUAGACUUUGAGUAUCCUAGUUGCAAAGGCUCGUCAGUGUUCCUAAAGGCUCUUGGUUUUGGAGUGGGGUCGUCCUUUGUUUUCUGUGCGCCGUGACCACUUGCUUCCCGAGCGGGUUCGUAGUGAUGGAGUUAAUGGAGCUGUUCUUUAUAGUAGCCUAAAAGGUGUCAGUCGUUUGCUCGUGUGUGUUCACAAGCUGAGCCGUGGCGUGAUUUGAAGCACUUUUGGUGUGGCAUGUGCAGUUGCAGUGCUGUCUGUUUUUAAUUUCCCCCCGGGGCAGCCUCCCCGCGUUCCCCCGUGUUCCGGACACUGAACCAAACCGACGUUGGGACUAGCACUUUAAGUACUAGUAGUCACUUUGCUUCGGACUAAACUGAGCACUGCACUUUUGUACGUACUGUUAGCACUGAGUUUUGAACUCUCUUCUUUUCCCCAGCUAUUUCCCCUCCUAGGCGCGGUGUUAAUUACGUAGGGGCCAUCAGAAGAAAAUUUCGAGGUGUGUUGGACCACUGUCCAGUGCCUGACUUCCAUUACAUAUCCAUUAGCCACCUGAGAGUAGGGAAUUUACCCAUCCAAGCUUGUUUUACACGACAGAACCACCAACACCUCCAUCACUGACGUCCAGGCAGACGUGGUGGUUGUUGUAAACUUCGAGGUCACCCGGAGACCCGAGGGCAUGGCUUUGGAGAACACCAAAGAUGCAGGAGAAGUCUCAAAAGGGAGUGGGAUGGUGCAAGAUCAUCUCCUUGACACCUGGAACUGAGCGGAGCAGGAGUCGCAGGGCAGGAGCUCUCGUGUCUGGUGUGAGAUCCCGGUGAGUCCACGGGACAGCCCAGCUCAAACCAGUCUGAGAGCCUGCUGCCAAGAAAGGCUGCACUCAAGCCAUUGCAAUAAAAGCCAUCAUUGUGCCUGCACUGGAAGUGCUGUUGGGAUUGGUCGUGGGCUUCAACUGCAAAAGGCAUUUUGAAGUAAAAAAGAUUUACAGGCCAUUUAGAAGAUGGAGCGCAAUAACCCUGGGGUUUGCUGUUGAAUUUGGAAAGCGUUGUUGGGAGCUGAGCAGCUCUCGUGCUCAGAGGCAGUUGAGAUGUGCUAUUCCUGUUAAAUUCCUGUGGUAUUUCUGUAUGGAAGGCCAGGGAUCAGAGCUCCCUUGCCAGCAAGAAAGCAGCAGGGAAGAGUUAGUAGGAAACGGUCAGAAAUCACUAGGAUUCAGAACGGUGAUCCCUGGGAUGCUGAAUAAUCUGGAUUUUGAGGCCCCAAACCACCCACUCCCAACCACCUGGUGGAGUUUUGCUCCUUUACAAGCCCCCGUGGGUUCUCCAUGGCAGCAAAUAAAUCGUGGUGGGUGUGAGAGCCCCGAGUUCCCUUCAUGCCAGGGUAUCCACACUGGGGACUGCUGCUGAUCAUCCUUGACGAGCCCACAGUCCAUCCAAAUCCUUCCCUGGCAAUCCUCCGUGAUGGGAGUUUCUCCCCGGUGACACUUGAUGGAUAAACCCUGCCAGUACAGCAUGAUCAGUGGGAAUGCAGAGAAGGGAAUUAGGGCUUCUCCUUCACUGCUGCUAGCGAGGGGCCAGCAUGGAAAUAACCUUCAGCAGCAAAAAGAAAUGGGUGUGUUGGGUUUCCCUGUUGCAGUAGAUGCAGGAGUUUUCCUAAACAGCUCCAGUUUUAGUGGCUGGUUUUCUUGGCUUCCUUCUUCAGGGGCUUGGAUAUUCAGUGUGAACCCCAGGUGGUUAAAAACCCCAAAUCUUGAGCAACCCCAAGUAUUAUGCUCUUACAUCCCCUAUCACUGGAUGUAAAAACAGAAAUAGAAUCCCCAUUUUGGGUUAGGUUGGCUUUUUUUCUUCCUCCCCCCCUCCCCCAUCCCUAUCCCCACCAAAUUAUCCCUGCAAAUUUAGCUUUAAAGAAAUAGCACCACCUGAUGCUGCUGCUCUGUCUGAGCCCCCAAAAUUAUAGUGGCUGAGGGAACAGUACCUCAGUGAUUCAGAGCUCACAUCCUGCUCACUGUCACCAGGAUAAAGGAAAACCAUUUGGAAAAUUCCCCCCCCAGCAAGCCCAAGCAAGGUCUCACUGAGCCCUUGGAAAUAAGCCUGGGACAAAGGGGGAUGUGGAACAGGUAUUUUUGUCUUAUUUUCCCCCUCAGGUGUAGUUUUUUGUCCCUCGGAGGUGGCAUCUCAUCCUUUGGGAAGGUAGAAUUAAGUGUUUUCUCCUGCCCAUCACACUUGAGGCCUGAAUGCAAACCCUAGCACAGCACCCUUUGCUUUGGAAGGGCCUUUUAGGUGGAAAAAAAGGAUUUUUAGUUGUUUGGGUUUUUAGAUAGCUCGUGGGAAGCGCAUUGUAACAGCACAGAGGCGAUGCUUUACCAACCUUUUCUGUUCCUCCAAGAGAGACUUCUUAAUUUGCUUCAGUAGUUUAGAGUUUGUUUCCUUGAAAGUCUUUUUGGACCCAUGAAAAUGCCCUUGAAAUGAGUCAAGUUUAUCAAAACAAAAUUGUGCACACACCCAUGCACCGGCCCGCGUGUUCGUGCUUGUCUCCCUGGGUGUGUAUACACAUAGAGAAAUAGAUUAUUUCCCAAAACAUUCCUUUUUUUAAUCUUUGGUUUUGGUUUGGUUUUGGGUUGGUUUGGUUUUUUUGGGUUUGUUUUCCCCCCACCCCCAGGAUAUUAACCAAAAGGUGUUUUAAAGUCAUGGCAUGAAAACUCCUAAAUGUAAAUCUGAGUACCUUGUGAUGCUAAUUAACAGGUUUUUUCCUGAAACUUUAUGUGAUGCUUAAUAUUUUCCUUAGGAAGUUUUGUUUAAUGUUAGAUCAUUGUUCUGGAGGAUGUUGGUCCUACUGGCAUUAAACUAAUGGAAAUAAAAUGCAUGUGUUACAAGUGUAGAAACGGUGAAGAAUUAAGUGUGAACUUACUGUACGAUACUGAUUCUGUUUUCAAACAAUCUGUUUUGCUGUUCAAUAGUUGACAUAUGGAAAUGCCAAUGUACUGUAAUUUAGCACUUUUCCAAUGGACCCUGUUCUCACUACGCCUGAGGGAAGAAGCAGGUUUGGCUCGAGGCGACUGAACGCAGCCCUGGACCCUUUUCUGCAUGUUUUGGCACCAGAACCGGCCAGGUGGAGCGGGAAUUGGAGGUUUUCUCAUGGCUUCCGUGGCUGGCACGGGGCAGAGCAGGCUGGCUCUUCCCUCCCUGCAGCCAAACCAGGGCCAUUGUGGUCUGGUGAAAGGGAGGGUGGAGUCAGAUGCUCUGCGAGUCCCCUCGCUGAGGGAUUCUAGGAUUGCCUGAUUUCGCCGUGGGAGGAGGGGCUGGUGGCAUUGCGCUCCACCAGCGCAUCCUCCCGGAGCCAGGCUGGGGUCGGGCUGUCCGAGCUGGGCUGGGAAGGCGGCCGGAGCAAUCCGAGGGCAGAAGGGACAGCUCAGCGGGCCCCCCCUGCAGCCCAAACCCUCCUUUGCUAGUGCUAACAGGGUGCAAAGUGUUACUUGUCAUGUACUGUACUGGAAGGGUUAAUUGAUCAGUGACUGUAUUGUACUGUAUGAAAACUCAUGAACUGCCUUGUAUUGUUUCUAAUGGACUGUUCCAUGUGUUCCCAAAGGAGGCAUGUGCUCAGUUGGCUCCUCCAAACUCUCUGGUGCUAACUCCUCCGUAUCCCAUGGUGCUCCCGUGGGUGCUAACUGAGCACAUGCCCGUCCCCAGCUUGAAGUCCACCACGUCUUUCUCGUCUGUUUGUAUCCAGUCUCACACACAUAGACACACACACACACGAGAAAAAUUAAGGAUAAACUUGAAUUUGUUUCAAAGCCUCAUUGACAAUCUAAUGUUUUCUAUGUCUGCUUUUAUUUUGGGAUGGUUUGUCUAGAAAGCAGCCCGCCAGCACCUUCGCCCUGGGAGGGGAUUUCGUCCUGUUCACUCCUCUGGCAUCCGAGGUGAGCUGCUCCCUCGCUGGCUUUUCAGGCUCAGCCACUGCAGGUUGAUCCAUCAGGAGCCAGUGAGGAAGAGGAGGUGUGUAGGUGCCUUCAAAGAUGCCCAACCCUAAAAGGCAGCUGGGAUCCUCCUGACUGCACGGUCCGAAGAUAGGUGGGUGGGCACCGAGGGUCUCGGAGGGGCUGAACCCGCCCCUUGCUCUGUGGCAAAAAUUGGCUUUUGAGGAGAAUGGAGGUGGAAAUUCAGAGUCCCAAAGGCGCCUCUGUCUCCUCCCAGCAGCGCUCAUCUCCCCUGGCAGAGGAGCCACCUCCCGAGCCUGAUGUUUUCCAGGGGACACGCGCCUCGGAUGCCGCCACCCCCUCCAACCCCCCACCCCGACGCGAGCUGCUUUUUGGACAAAGUGAAACCUGACUAUAUUUUAUAUCGUUUUGAAAACAAAGUCUGAUAUUUAUCCCUGUUCUCAACUGAAUUUGCAUAUUGUUGUUUGCCACGAUAUUUGUUCUGUCUUCAAAUAAAUUUGCUUACUUGUGUAGUCUUUAA